UCCUAGAUAUUGCUCGAAACAUCACGGAUUUACUGCGGUAUAACAGGCGGCAGCUCGGUUUCACUGGAAAUUAACCUGCGCACCGCAAGUGCACUAGCGGGGCUGCACUCCUCGCUGCAACUACACCCCUGAAAAUGACACAAGGGAAACUCUUUGCCAUGAACAAAACCCCAAAUCCUGAAGGUGAACAGGGAGGUCCUGAGAAAAGAGAGCCCAUGGCUGCAUCAACUGCACCCCCCACAUAUGAGGAGGCAACAGCGGGGGCCAAGAAUAACAGCCCGUCACCAUCGGCACCAAUGCACCCCAGCUGGGCUUAUGUGGAUCCAAGCCGUAGCCCUAGUUAUGGAAGUGGGGGCUUCUCCGGCGAAAGCGAGAUGUUUUCCUCAUUCAGCUGGGACGAUAAGAAUGUUCGCCGGAUCUUCAUCAGAAAGGUCUAUAUUAUCCUGAUGAUUCAACUCUCCUUCACGGCUGGGGUUAUUGCACUAUUCACAUUCUGUGACCCUGUCAAGGUUUACAUUCAGGCACAUCCUGGCUGGUACUGGGCUUCAUAUGCUGUGUUCUUUGUCACCUAUCUGACCCUGGCAUGUUGCAGUGGACCAAGGAGGUAUUUCCCAUGGAACCUGAUUCUGCUGGGCAUUUUUACUCUGGCCAUGUCUUACAUGACAGGAAUGAUGUCAAGCUACUACAAUACAAAAUCUGUCCUCCUUUGCUUCGCCAUCACAGCACUGGUGUGUUUUGCCGUGACAAUAUUCAGCUUCCAGACAAAGUUUGACUUCACCUCCUGCCAAGGGGUCCUGUUUGUACUGUUGCUGGUCCUUUGCAUCAGUGGUUUUGUCCUGGCGAUUGUGUUGCCAUUUCACUAUGUUCCUUGGCUUCAUGCUGUUUAUGCAGUGCUGGGUGCAAUCAUCUUUACAAUGUUCCUGGCCUUUGACACACAGAUCCUGAUAGGGAACCGUCGGUACGCGAUCAGCCCUGAGGAGUACAUCUUCGGGGCACUGAAUAUCUACUUGGACAUCAUUUACAUCUUCACCUUCAUGCUGCAGAUUUUUGGCUCCAGUAGAGAAUGAGCUGGUCAGAAUGAAUCACCUCCACUUGAGAUGGACCAUUGGGUGUUUUUAAAUCAAAAAAUUUACCAGCAACAGCAGCACUUAGAGCUAAAGCAAGUGGCGUAGCUGAAAUCCAAUUUCUCCAGCUUGUCCAGUAACUUAUUAAUGGUUUAAUCCAUUUUGUGUUAAUGUAACAGUGAAUCUAGUAAAAGGUGGAUCUGCACAAGCUUAUAGAUAUACGCAUGACCACAAUACAUAUGCUAGUGCAUUUUUGGCUUUCGGCGUGCAUCCUUUCCAAGAACACAGCUGAUGUACUUGCUUUCUUGCAGUUUGAGUCAGCUGCCAGCUUGGCUUUCUCGCUCCAGUUUUAACUGGUGCAUGGUGAUUUAUCUGUAAAUGCCUUGGAAGGAACUUUUUUGGAUUGUGUUCGCUGGCGUAGGGCAGUGACCUCCAAAUCUACUUGGUCUGGGGAUGGAAUGUUUUAUUUCCUUUCUCGUGCAGAGAGGGUAAGUUGCUCCUGCUGGCUGUUGUGUACCUGAGCCUCAUGAACCAGGAGUCCUGCCCUGAAGCCUUGAACACUAAAUCCAGGCUUCUGCCUUCUGGCAGCACUGAGGAAUUGCUGCACUCAGAAGUGCCAGAUUUCAGCUGAGCUGUUGAACUGAGGCUCCCACCUUCCUUUUUUUUAAAGGCAGUAAUAGUUCCCAAGGCACUUGUAUGAAGACCAGUAAGGUCAUUCUUCUAUGUAUUUUCCCCCCGCGCAAAUGUCGCUUUGGCAAUCUGAUCACUUUGUUUAGGCGCAAAAUGGCCACUGCAUUUGCCAAUCAUGACUAUUUGGACAGCAAAGAAUUGAAGCAUUUCAGGAGGAUGCUAGAGGCGCUAUAUAAAUGCAAAUUCCUCCUUUACACGUCUCCUCUGCAGCGGCUUGCAUGCUUGUGCUGAGCUUGGUGUUGGUUUCUGGUGUACUGUGGAAAGGAAAAGGGAAGCUUUUUAAAAACUGGGAAAGGUGAUGAGUUUCUGUUAAAAGGCUGCAUUAAUAUGGAGAGCCUCUGUGGUUUGUCAGCUGUUCAUAAUAGACUUGUGUAAUAGUCAAGCCAAUAGGCUGUCUUGGUGUACUUUAUUAAUCAUCUGCUGCAACAUGAGUGAUUUUUAAAUCUUACCCAUCUACACCUAACAAUAGCUUUGAACCAAGGUCACUUCCAAUUUACCACUUUAGGCUUGAUGCAUAAAGUGCCUCUCUUCCUUCUGUGUACGAUGCUGAUGUAUCCUCCAAAUCCUGUCCAGCAUUUGGAAUAUUUUAAAGGUUACCAGAAAAUCCAUCCACUCAUUUUGGGUCCUGAAGACCUGGGAUGCCUUGCAAUGUCUACCCUGAAGAAAGCAGGGGAGGGGGCAAAUUCAUCUCGGUCAAUGAUAAGAAUUGGGAGAUGAUUCAGUGCCCUAAUUAUGAUCUUGCAGCAGAGGCCUUCAGUACAGGAAUAAGAUGGGUACAUUUAACUAAGAGCUUGCAAUGUUUAGAAUUUGUGGGGGGGGGAGAGUAGCUGGUCCAUUAGGAUGGUGCCAGUUGUGGCUUGUGCCUCUGCCUCUGAGUCAGGAGGUUGGGAGUUCAAGUCCUGAUUUGAAGCUGGCAGCCCAGCAUGGCACUGAGGAAGUGUGUGAUUUGGAGAUGGUGAGGUAUUAAACUAAAGCCCUGCUCCUCCUCUUGGGUGGAUAUAAAAGAUCCCACGGCAUGGUUUCCACACAGAAUUGAGAUUUUUGCACUGGUUGUCGUGUCUAAUAAUCAUCCUCGAUCAAUAUCACCUGGAAAAAAUUAUUUUCACUUCCCUUCAUUACAUUUCAAAAGUACACCAUUGGCUUGGGAACAUCCUAAAAUGGACAUGAGAAACUUGUGCAUCUAUGCAAUGCUUGAAAAUUCAAUAGAAAUUUUAUUUCAGAGGUAGUGUACAACUUGCAAACACAACUAUUUAGUGUUACGACUGCAAAUUAAUUUCUGCUGAGGUUUAAUUUAAAAAGCACUGGUCAUUUGCUGCUCUGACAACUAAACAUUUGUUUAAACAUUCUUCUCUGGGAUAUAAUCUGCGAGAGGCAGCUGAGAACUUGGGGCCAAUGCAGAGCCUAGAAGAUUCUCCUCUGCAGCCCUCAAUUCAAGGUCUACCUUUGGGGCAUUAAAUAUCAAUCCAGGAAUCAAAGGGACCAGGUAAAAAUGUAUACAGGAAGCAACAGAAUAAAUGCUUCCUAUUGACCAAGAAAAGGUGGUGAAAUGGGAAAGGAAGGUUUGCAAAUGAAAUCUUGCAUACAAUGCUCUGUGUGUGGGGAAAAAUCGGACAGCAGUCGAUGUAGGGUAUAAUGGAUGUACCACGUUGUGUGGAUCAAAUGCUGGUUAAAGACACUGGUGAAAGAAAUCCUUCUGGGCAAAGAAACUUAAACUUAAUUUAGAAACUGAUUUUUAACUUUCCCCUCUUUUUCAACUUUCCCCUCUUUUUCAAUCCCACUUCUAUCACACAUUUGAGAUUUGCAGCUAAGGAAGUUUCUGGUUGUAAGUGUCUUGCAAGUUUAAUUUUCUUUUUUAAUCCCUUGUUUCUGAUUUGGUAAUUGCUAGAUCCAUAGUAAAAUACCUCCUCAGUGCAGUAGACAUCGAUGGUGAUUUAAUCUGCAAAUUGGACCCUUUUUUUAAAUUAUUUUAAAAGCAAGUUAGACUCAGAAUACUGCUCCCAUGUGUGCUGGUGAAAGCUGUCAGGAAGAGCCUCUGAGUGUUUUUGGGUGAUGCUUUAUUGGCAUUGCAGUAAAGGUGCAGCAAGGAGGAGGGAGGGCCGAUAUUUUCAGAUUUGUUUGGGGCGGGCAGGGGUGGUCACACAAUCUCAGUGACUAGAUUGUUGGCACAAAUCCCAUGCUGCACUGCAUGGUCUGAUUGACAGCAAACUUCAAUGUGCUGUUCUGUGCAGGAAAUGGUGGCACAGCUUGUGGAGCUUCUGCCUCAGACCUGGGUUUGAUCCUGACCUCUGGCACCAUCUGUGUGGAGUUUACAUGUUCUCCCUGUGACCAUGUGGGUUCCCCAGGUGCUCUGGUUUCCUCCCACAUCUCAAACAUGCAGGUUGGUAGGUUAAUUGCCUGCUGUAAAUUGCCACCAAUGUGUAGAUUAAUGGCAAAGGAAUUAGGAUGGUGGAUGAGCAUGAGAGAUGGUAAAUUGCUGGGGUACAAGGAAGUAAGGAAAGGGGGAAUAACACCUGCCAUAGAUCUGAUGGGCCAAAUGCCCCCUCCUGUAUUGCAGAGUAGGUAAUAACAGACUGCUUCAUGUGCUGGAGUGGGUGUGGGAUGCUAAUGGUAUCUCAGAUCCUGGUUACUUUCUGCUUAGUUUAACUCCUUGUUGACCUUUGCGGCCAGUGUGAGCAGGUGCGUCACAGUGAGCUGGUCUUGGUUCCUCUACCCCUGUACUCUUCUUCAUUGGCAAUAGCUCCCACUUUCCACAUUUGUUAAGUCUCUAGAGUCUCAACCCCUCCUUCCCGAUCUCUAACUCUUCCUGUCCUGCAAGCCUCCAGUCUCUGCACUCUACAAUUCUGGCCAUGUGAUCAUCCCUACUUUUUGCUCCAAUUGCUUUCCUGUGAAUUCCCUUCUUCCUUGGGGAAUUUGCCUUUAAUUGUCAUAUCCAUCUAUGUCAUAGAAACAGACCUUACCUGAAAUCGAUAUCUGUGACUUAAUGUUUUGAGGGGAACUAUUUCCUUGUGCAGGAGGGCUCAGUAACCAGAGGAAACUGGUUUAAUUACCCAAAGAGGCAACAGCAAAGAUUUUGUUUUAAGUAAUGACGUCAUGAUCUGGAGUGCACUGCCUGAAAGAGUGGUGGAAGUGGAUUUUUAACUUUGAAAAGCAAAUUUAAUGUCUAUUUGACAAUGUUGGUGGGACAGAUCUGCAAGGCUCUGGGGGAAUGAACGGGAGUGAGAUUUUUAGAGAACUUGAAGGGCCAGGAUAGACACAAGAACUGAAUGGCCACCUCCUGUGCUGUAUGAUUCUGGGAUUCUAAGACUGUUCUCGAAAGAAAACCCCUGAAGAGGAAGCAACAUUUCUGAAUAAAGAUUUUAAUUUCUUUUGGUGGGCCAUCAGGAGCUGUGCAUUCAAAUAACCUGAUGACAAUCAGCUUUGACCUGGAAAGUUACCAGAUGAACAGAAGCAUUGCAUUGUUGUUGGCUGUGAACACUACUGCUGGGCUGCCAGUUUCAUGAUCUAAAGCAAGAUGUGUGCAUUUUGUGUGACUGAAGGGUUGUAUCCCUGAUUUGUGCAUAAUUGUAGCUGGCUGCAGUUGACUCCUGUCAAUGGUCUGACUUGCACAAGAUGCCAGGAAAUGGCUGAUCUCCCAACCACUAGUAUCUUCCUCAAAUUUCAUGAACUGGUAGUUCAUAAAUUUGGGUACAACAGUCCAGCUAGUACUCUUAAUCUGUCCAUCUUUGCUCCCACCAGGUGCUGCCCUGUAUAAUUUAAAAAAACCUAGUAGAAUUAGUUGCUGGAUUGCAAUUGGGAGCUUAACUUGGGAGAUGCCUCUCUUCUGUUACCUGGUGAGCUGCUUCAGAGUUUCAUUGAGUUAAUCGGCAUGUGGGGUGUGGAAAAGCCCUUCAGCCUGCAGAUUCCAAGCACCCAUUUGCACUAAUCCCAAUUUUUUUCCACCCCCCUCUCCUUGCAAUCCCAUUUCAUUCCCACCCCCCCCCCCCCCCCCCCCCCCCCCCCAAAUUCUACCACUCACCUGCACAAAGGGUAAUUUACAGCAGGCAAUUAACCUAUUGACCUACACGUCUUUGUGGGAAGAAACCAGAGUACCCAGGGGAAAUCCAUGUGGUCACCGGGAGAACAUGCAAACUUGCGGUACAGCACCAAAGGUCAGGAUCGAACCUGGGUCUCUGGAGCUGAGGCAGUGGCUCUACCAGCUGUGCCACUCUGCCACCCAUGAAGAACAAUCCAUGACAUGCCAUAAUUCCCAGGUCUCCAAACAAAUGGGUGUCCUCUUGCCCAGGAGAGCAGGCUCUAGGGUCAUGCAGCUAUGUUUUUAUUCAGUGUUCAUUGAUUAAAGAACAGUGUGGACCAGGUGGGGUGGAGCACCAGCAUAAAGAAAUUUGGUGUCCCUGCUGAAGAGUACAAAAAGAUAAAUUUAAAAGGCUUUUAGCAGAGAUUUGUGGUUCAGAAUGCACCGUCUGUGAAGGUGAUGGAAGCAGAAUCAAAAGGGAAUUGCGUAAACUGAGCAAAAUGGGGAGAUAGAGUGGGGUAUGUAUUGGAGAACUGGCCCAGGCCUUUGGAAAGGCUUCUUCUGUGCCAGAUGGAUUGGGAAGGUCAUUUGUGGUGUUCUUGGUAAUUGGUUUGGAGCUCAUAGUGGCCAAGGCUUGAUCAGUUGAAUGCAAGUGACAUUUUCUGGAAAAAGCCAGUUUGUGUAUCUAAAAAAAAAAGUAGGUGAGAACUGCAAUAUAAAAUUAAUGAUCAGAUGAGAGGAACUCCUGCACAGAAUCUGAUGGGUUGACAAUAUAACGUUGCCCAUGAGUUAACACUGAACAGUUGUGAAGUCUUGCUAAGGGAUGCAUCUGCUUUAUUAGGGUUGAGUUCUGUGUGUGUGAUCAAAAUCUAAAGGCCCAGCUUAGUCUUUAUAUAGCCAGUCUGAAUGCACUUGAGUAGGUUGUUUGGACAAGUUUAUGCAAUAAGUGCUCGCUCUUUUCAAUUUGUGCUUUUGCUGAAUAUUCUGCCUCACCUGUGUAUUCUUGACCCAGGAUUUAAGUAGGUUCUUUGUGGUCCCUCCCAGUGUAACUAGGUCAGCACAAUACUCUGCAGACAUAACGUACUUGGUUAGCUUUUUACUGAUCUCUUGUGCUACUUGCAUUCUGACAUAAUGUGGGGGAAAAGAGCAGGGGAGUGAAUUCAAUUCCAUAAUUCCUAAGAAGCUGCACAGGAUUGAUGGGUUGAAUGGCCUCAUUGGGCUGUGUUUUUCUGCGAUUUAUUUGUAUCUUUGUCUUUUGAUCGAAAGCACUGCGGCACCGUGAAACAUAACCUCCUGUUACAGAUCAAUGGGACACAAAGUAGCUUAGUCUCCUCUUGUUCUUCAUCUUUGUCCCACACACUAAAUCCCAGCACACUCCCCUUUCUUUACAAACUUCAGUUGGGUUUUUCUAUUGUGACACCUCAUCUACACUUUUUAAUGGGCUGAAUUUCCUUUUUGAGGCUUGUGUGUUUGUCACCCUGUAUCCUGAAAUCUGAAGAGGCAAUGGCUUUCAAAGAAACCAUAUCACCUUUAGUGCCCUUUUCCUUACCAGGGCAGAGGUUUGAAAGCAAUGGAAAGAUGAAAUCCUUUGUACAAUUGAAAAGCAGAGAAAGGAUUGGUAGGUAAUCCAGAGGUUAUUGUUGUCUAAACUGCUCCUUUCUAUUGCAUUGAAAUUUAAAAUAAUGAUUCUUAAACCUAUGACUCCAUACUAAGCAUUGUCCUAGCUAAAAAGCAAGCAUAAAUCAACCAAUGAAUGUCACAGAAGACCUGAGGGUGUAAGAGAAGCCUUCAUGGUUCAGAAGUAAUUUGGUCAUGGACAAUAUUACUUUCAUCUUUUGAUUAUAUAUUAGAACUUAUUGGUGUACAAAUCAUCAGCUAGAUUUUCUUUAACAUUGGUGUUAUUCCCAGGGACUGACAGUACAUUAGUGACCACUGCACUGGGACAGGAAAUUUUGUGGUGCUCCAGCUGUAUAACAUUGCAGUUCAGCAAAUCUGUACUGUUACUGAUCUGUAACACUGAUUUAUUUUCAUCUUCCCUUUUUAAUAGUAAGAGGCAAGCUUGUUGGUAGCAUUGAAUUAUACCUUUUUUUAAAAGUGCUAUAAUUUACAAAAGGUUGGCUACCUCAUUGGUUUGUAAGCAAACACUGGCACAGCCAUUGGUGCUGCUACAUCUUGGCUCCAGUGACCAGGGUUCAAUCCUGACCUCUGGUGCUUUCUGUGUGGAGUCUGCAUGUCCUCCCUGUGACUGUGUGGGUUUCCCUGGGUGCUCCAGUUUCCUUGCACAUCCCAAAGAUGUGCUGGCUGGUAGGUUAACUGGCUGCUGUAAAUUCACCCAAGUGUGUAGGUGAGGGGUAGAGUCUGGGGGAGUUGUUGGGAAUGUGGAGAAUCUGUUGCCAGGAACUAAAUGGGACUAAUGGGAAUGUCCUGAGAGCUGAUUAUAGACUUGACGGGCUGAACAGCCUUGUUCUCUCAUUCCUGAGAUGUGAGUAAUGAGAAACUAUUUAAAUGGUAGUGUUCGGUCACUGGCUGUUUGAGUAUGUGAGACAUGGGAAUAUCUGAUUUUUUUUUUUCUCCAUUGGGUAACUGAAAUGAAUAGGCAAGUAGCAAGGCCCAUCGUACAAGUGGGAGGAGGAUUGAAACACGUGUAAUAGAAGCAGAGCUAAAUUUGAGAGGUGGUCAAACACAAAGCCUACAAGUUUGUAAGAAAGGGAAGAUGAGGACUUCCUUUUUGUCUCCUUGCAAAAAAAAAAAAAUGAUUUAAAGGCAUUUAUUCUUACGAUUUGAGUCAAAGUUUGCCACACAAACUUUCUUGGAAAUGCAUUUCAGGACUGUCUGAAUGGAGUGACUGAGCCCUAUUUGCCUAGAUGUACUUGUUAAAUUUUUGUGGUUUGCAGUACAAUUUCAGAAGUACAAAUAAUGGGAGAUAAUCCUGCAACAUUUGAUCUGAUUGUAAGGAUGUUUGUUUUUAGCAGGGAUGAAGAAUUGGCUAACAGAGAACCUGAGUUGGGAUAAAUGGGUCACUUUCGGGUUGGUAAACUAACAGGUGGCACAGGGAUCAGUGAAGAUGCAAAGUGCUGGAGGAACUCGGCAGGUCAGGCAGCAUCUAUGGAGGGAAAUGGACGGUUGACAUUUCUGCCCUCAUCCUCUCCACUCCUGACACAGGGUCUCAACAUGAAAUGUUGACUGUCCAUUUCCCUGCAUAGAUGCUGCCUGACCUGUGGAGUUCCUCCAGUGUGUGUUGCUCCAGAUUCCAGCAUCUGCAGAAUCUGAAGCAAAAAACAAUCUGGAGGAACAGGAACUUGACAGGCUGAGCAGCAUCUGGGGGGGGGGGGGGGGGGGGUGA